UAAUGAGGAAGAGCAGGGCCAGGGAUGCCCUCCACGUCCCCUAGCCUGCCAGGGGAUUUCUCUUCCCCAUCCCUGCUUAGGAAGACAUUGUUCGAUGGUGUUUAUUCCAAAAUUGCAGUAGAAACAGGAUCCUGACAAUGGAUUUCAUGAAGUAGAGUUCAAUUUGAAAGAUUGCUAUAUAUCUGGAGUGCUUCAUGAGUGUCAGACAAACUGCAGAAGAGACUGAACACUAAGUUGAAGUCAGAUACAGCAGUCUUAUCAAGAGAAGGGUGCACCCCCAUCCCCAAUUUGAGAGAAAAUGUCUAGCGACGUGCAGCAGAGACAAAACCAACCUACUGGCAUUCAAUUGUUACAAUCUAGUCAAAUAGAAAACUCUCUCUGCCCAAUGCGUGAGAAAGAACCAGGUGAUAUCUUGCUGAAGCAGAAUCCAGAAAAUAGUAACCCGACAUCUCAAUCAUAUGUAACACCCAAACAAGAAUCAAAUGAUUUGCUGCAGAGACAAAAUACUGAUGCUGGAUGUGAUGAAUCAGAAUUAUGCGAAGCGGAGAGAGCUCUGUUUAUUAAAAGGGAGAGCACUUCUGAUAUUGUGGUGGAAAUAAAAUGUUCAAAUCCAGAGAACCAAUAUGAUCUUGACCAAGACAUUUAUUUUACAAGAUCAGAUAAAGCUAUGCAGAAAUUGCAGCCAAGGCGGAACCCUGACACUGUAGUUCAUAAGUUACAAUCAGGACAAAAAAGUAUUCCCUAUGGAAUACCUAUAAUCCCCAAAACACUUGAUGAUUUGCAGCCGAGACAGAGCCCUGAUGAUGUACUGCAAAAGUCAGAAUUGAGGGAAGAAAGAAUUGUUACUGUCAAAAAGGAGAAGGCUUCAGAUGUUGUGUUACCAGUACCAAGUUUCAUAUCUGACAUACCUGCAUCACAAUAUCGCCAGCAGAAAUCAAAUUAUUCUACUAUACCAGAGAAAGCUCCCGCGAAACUGCUGCCAAGGCGAAACCUUGACAUUGUAGCCUGUGGUUCACAAUCUGAUCAAGGAAGCAUUCUCUCUAGUGUCUCUGAUAAAGUGUCUGUUAUACCAAAACAAGAAUCCAAUAAUCUACAGUCUAAACAAUGCUUGAGUGCUGGAUACCAUGGGUCGAUUAGCAAUGAAGAAAAAUCUGUUUCUAUAAAAAGCGAAAUGGUCGCAGAUAAUUUUCCACAAAUACCAUGUUCGGAACUUGGGGGGCCUGCAUCACAUUCUGAUCAACAGCAUUUUUCAUUCUCUACAAGACCUGAGAAAGCAGAUAAAUUGCUGCAGAGAAGGAACCCUGACCCUGUAAUUCAAGGAUCGCAAUCUGAUCCAGAAAGCAAUCCCUCAAAAGUACCAGAAAAAGCAGUAGAUGAUGGCUACAACUGGAGAAAAUAUGGGCAAAAGAUUGUAAAAGGAAACGAAUUUGUUCGAAGUUACUACAAGUGUACUUACCCUAAUUGCCUUGCGAAAAAGCAAGUGGAGAGAUCACAUGAUGGUAAUCUAAAAGACGUUAAUUUCCUUGGGAAUCAUGAACAUCCUAAACCACAACACAGUCCCUGUGUGGCCACUGGUCAUCUAGUGCGAAGACCAGCCUCAGAAGGUGUUGCUGAGCCAUUUGCACCUGGCGAUGCAUCUCAACAUAUGGAACCAACGGAGACCUCACAGCGAUUGCCUGUGGCAGCAACUGGUGAUGGGGAGGCGUGCACAGUUUCACGGUCAAGCACUAAAAUCUGUGAUGAAAAUGAUAGCUGUCGAGACUCGAAACGACAGAAGAGAGAGAUUUCUGGUAUUGAUGAUAAUCUGAAUAAACCCAAUUGCGAAUCCAGGCAUGUUGUUCACACUAUUAGUGAGAUUGAUGUAGUGAAUGACGGCUACCGCUGGCGAAAAUAUGGGCAGAAAUUUAUUAAAGGCAAUCCAAACCCAAGGAGUUACUAUAGGUGCACACAUACUGGUUGUCCAGUUAAGAAACAUGUGGAAAGAGCUUCUCAUGAUCAAAAGAUGGUUAUUACAACAUAUGAAGGACAGCACGACCAUGGUACGCCUCCAUCUAAGACCGUCUGCAAAAAUACUGCUGGAAGCGACACUACUUUGUCUUUAAAUGGUGAAUCCAGAUUAACACUCGGAGAAAAUAAACCUGUUGGCUUAGACAUGGUUGUUCAUAUUAGUGCAAACUCAUAAUAUUUUCGGCAGCAGGGGGUUAGAUUAGCUGCAACAGAAUGAAUCUACUAUUUUUUUUCUUGUUUUAAAUAUUUUCUUAUUAUCUUCCAGUGGGGUGGUUGAGAUUUUCCUGCCCUGUUAUGAGAGGAAUGAUUGUACCUAAACAUUGGUUUAAAACUUUAUUGGUCAGAGAAUGGAAACUUACGAUUGUUGUAAAAAUUAUUCUAGUGAAAAACAAGUAACGGAACGUCCAUAGUUGGCUUCUA